UGUUGCCGUGUGUGUGUUCCUCUGCAGAUGGAAGACUAAGACUCUACAGGCUGGCUGCUGUGUGUUUUGGAGUGCUGUGUGUUCUACAAGUCACUCUCAACAUCUUCCUGAGACUGGAUUUCUUCCACUCCAACAGAGAGAGAGAGCAGUUAAACGGCUGUUACAACACCACUGGCUUGGCGCAGGUUGGAGACCAGCCAGAUACCAGUACUAUCAUGGAUCUGUGUACAGAGAGAGACCAGUGCCGGAUGAACAGAAACCAGCUAGAGAGGGAGAGAGACAAAGAGAAAAUGGACAAAAAACAGUUACUGGAGCGUUACACUGCCCUGACUACAGAACGGGACAGGUUGAGAAAAAGGGUCAGUCUUCUGACCAAUGAGAAGGUGGUGCUCUCUAUCUGUGGUACUGGAAGAGUGGUGGAAGGGAGUGGCAUGGCAGUCCAAACGAUGAGGACUGUGUUAAAGUGUCCUAAACGAUGGAGGAUGUUGGGAUCCAACUGUUACUUCCUGUCUACUGAGAGGAAAACCUGGGAGGAGAGCAAACUGGAUUGUCUGGCGAGAGGAGCAGACCUGGUGAUCAUAAACAGCAGACAGGAACAGAAGUUGUUGUACCAGCUGCAUGGUGAUGCAGAUCUCCUGGGUCUGGGAUUGGUCUGA